AUGGCGAAGACAGCUUCUAGUCCAAUAGGAAGCGACAACGAUGCACUGAUAAUUGAAAAGGCGAUGUCCUUCAUUCAAUGCUCGGAUCUCGCCAAGGAGAAGUUCGAAGCUGCGGUUUCGAAGCUGCGAAUGAACCAGUUGGGGGGGACGCCACAUUUUUCUCUCGGUGCUUAA